UCAGUCAGUCAGUCAGUGUGGAGCCUCACAGGUUUAAGGUGGCGAUCAACAAACUAGAGUGUAACUACUGGAAAACAGGCAAAAAGGUCAGAUUAAGAAAAAAUAAUCGGACUAAUAUUACUGGGAAUUCCUUUCACCGAGAAGCGAAGAGAGAAUCCCCAGCGAUCAGUUUGGACUUGAUGAGAAAGUUAAGAAGUCCCGCUCCUGGAGAGACCAGCGGAAUAUGAUUUGAAUCAAGGGAACGGACAACACUGUUGCUCGCUAACAGGAUGAGUCUCCGGUCGCUUCAUGCCGUCAUGCUGCUGUGGGCCUUGUGCCCCGGUGUGCAGAGCCAGUGUGAUAAAUCCCCCGAGACCAACAAACUCAACCUCUCAGUCACCUACGAGCUUCCGACGUUCACGGCAGACUUCCCCAUCCAGAACAUGGUGACGCUGGAUGGGAUCAUCUACGUCGGUGCUGUAAACAGAAUCUAUGCCCUGGCCCCGAACCUCACCAAGCUGUCCGAGUAUCACACGGGGCCGCUGCAUGCCAACGAGACCUGCGGCCAUAAACUGACCAGCGCGAACAGUAGCGACAGGGUGGACAACCACAACAUUGCCUUGGUGGUGGAGAACAUUUACGACAAGGGGUUAUACAGCUGUGGCUCGGCAGACAAUGGUGUUUGCCGCCGCCACGUCCUGGACGAUGACAGACCGAGAACCGUAGACGAACAGGUCUACUGUUUCGCAGACAAGUUGAGGCGAGGCAAGGGUCAACCCAGCGACUCGGAUGUUGUGAUCAGCCCUUCAGGCUCUCAGGUGCUCAAUGUGGAAAGCAACGUCAUCAAGUUUUUUGUUGGGAACUCCGAGAUCCCAGGCUUAGGAAACACAUCGGACAGUGCAACACAUCCCCAUACCAUUUCUCUUCGUAAGAUGAAGACGAGCCAGAACGGCUUCACCUUCUUCUCCAAACUCUCAUACAUGGACCUGAUUCCAUCCCUACGUGGAAACUACUACCUGCGAUACGUGUACUCCUUCCACAGUGGACCUUUCACCUACUUCCUCACAGUGCAGCGAGUGAGCAAGGACUCCCAGGCCUACCACACCCGCAUAGUCCGCAUGUGCUCCUCGGACGUCGUAAUCCGCCGCUACGUGGAGAUGCCCCUCGAAUGCAUCAGCACAGAUAAAAGGCGAAGACGCUCCACGGAAGAAGUGAAGGUAUUUAACAUCCUCCAGGCAGCCCACGUCACAAAGGUGGGCAAUGACGUUGAGCUGCAGAAGCAGCUGAAAGUGGAGGAAGGAGAUGACGUGCUGUUUGCCGCCUUUGCUCGCGGGAAGCCGAACUCUCCGGAGCCGACCCCGAACUCAGCCGUCUGCAUCAUGUCCCUGAAACACAUCAACAAAAUGUUCAAGAUGUACAUGCAGAGGUGCAACACAGUAGACCCAUUUCACUUCACUGGAUCAGACAAGAAGACCUGCUACAAUGUGAGUUCUUCAGACGACUGCGACCCACAUGAGGGAAUCCAUGAAGGGAAAGAGGGCAAGUACCGCCUGCAGGUGACCCAGUUUGUCCAAAGGCUGGAGUACUGGCACAAAGAGUUGACGAACACCUUGGUUACUUCUAUCACCGUGGGGCCGGUCCAUGGCCACGCAGUGGUGUACUUGGGCACCGCCGAUGGACGUCACAUACAGGUGCUGUUCUCCCGAUUCGCCUCCCCUCACGUCAACAUCCGCCUGGACUCCAGACCCGUCUCCGCCAGUGUAGCGCUGCUGGACGCUGGCGGCUCAGACGGAGCCCUGCUGAUGGCCACAGGAAACAAGAUCACUAAGGUCCCUCUGAUUGGCCCCGGCUGCGGUCAGCUGCUCACCUGUACUUCCUGUUUGUUGUCGUCGCGGGUGACGGAAUGCGGCUGGUGUGAUGGACGCUGCACCAGAGCCAGCCAGUGUCCCCCCUCCCUCUGGACCCAGGACUACUGCACACCUGUCAUCACUAAGAUUUCUCCGACCUCUGGACCGAUACGAGGCUCUACAGUGGUGACGAUGUGCGGGAGAAACUUCGGCUUCGACAAGACGGAGAGCUUCAAGGCGUCUCUGGUGACAGUGGAGGUGGCAGGAGCUCCCUGCAAACUGCCCAGACAAGACAAUAUCAACAGGUGGACUGAGAUGCAGUGUUCCCCCGUGUUCAGUGGGAACUUCACCCCAUCGGGACACACAGUGAAGGUCAUCAGCGGCCACAAGGUUGCCACGAUGGAGGGUUUCACCUUCGUGGACCCUGUGAUCCACGAGAUCUUCCCGACAUUUGGACCGAAGUCCGGAAACACCAUGCUGACCAUCCGGGGAGCCUUCCUGGACACCGGGAACAAGCGAGAGGUGACGGUCGGUAAAGCAGCCUGUAAGAUCCAGAGCUUGUCGUCCACCAUGCUGACCUGUAAGACUCCUCCCCACGCCGUUCACUCCAAACAACCCGUGAAGCUGACGGUGGAUUCGGUGGAGCUUCACGCGCCUGUGCCGUUCACCUACAACCCAGAUCCCAUCAUCAACAGCAUCCAGCCCUCACGCUCCUUCGUCAGCGGAGGCUGCACCGUGUCGGCUCAUGGCUUCUUCCUCCAGUCCGGCCUCCAGCCCCAGAUGGUUCUCACCACCGCUCAGGAUGCUGAAGUCUUCCAUGUGAGCUGUGUGUACGGUGAGAACCGGACGUCCAUCCAGUGCACCACGCCGUCUCUGGCCAAACUGGCUCUGCAGCCGCCCGUGGUCACCAAGAUGGCGUUCGUCCUGGACGGCUACUCCACGGAUCAGUGGGACCUAAUCUACGUGGAGGACCCCCUCUUCCAGAACCCCAAGCUCACCUCCAAGGACAACAAGAGCAUCGUGGAGCUCAAGAGUGACCAUAUGGACCAGGAGGCGAUGAAGUGUCAGGUCCUCACGGUUUCCAACCACAGCUGUGAGAAUCUGAUUCUCAUUGGAAACACUCUGGAGUGCACCGUCCCCAACGAGCUGCAGGCCGCCACCGCCAAGGAGCUGCAAGUGGAGUGGCGCCAGGCGGACUCCAUCCGGCACCUGGGCAAGGUGACGCUGGCUCAGGAGCAGGACUACACGGGCCUCAUCGUGGGCUGCGUGUGCGUCAGCAUGCUGCUGCUGCUGCUGGGAACACUGCUCAUGUGGAGGAGGAACAAACACAUUGACGGUGAGAUGUCAGGUCGGGGUGGGGUCAUCGUAGGGAUCAAAGAUCUGUCUGAGGUGUGGUAUGAUGGCCGGGGUCACAUCCAGCAUCUGGACAGGCUGGCUAACGCGAGGAGCGUCAGCCCCACUAACGAAAUGGUCUCCCACGAGUCAGUCGACUAUAGAACAACCCUGCUGGAGGAUCAGGGCACCGACAGGCCCGAGACAUGCCGGUCGGCUCCUCCCAUCUACGGGGGCAACGGCGAGCUGCUGUCCCCCAGACUGGGGGUGCUGGGAGGUGUGAUGGGUCGGGACGGCGAGCUGGUGUCGCCCCUCCUCAUGGCCUCGGUCCACAUCGACCCGUCCUGCCUCCACCCGGACCUGCUCAAUGAGGUGCAGCACGUGGUGAUCGCCAGGGAGCAGCUGCUGCUCCACCUCAACCAGGUCAUCGGCAGAGGACACUUCGGCUGCGUGUUCCACGGGACGCUGCUCGAGCCGGACGGGCAGAAGCAGCACUGCGCCGUCAAGUCCCUGAACCGCAUCACAGAUCUGGAAGAGGUGUCCCAGUUCCUGAAGGAAGGCAUCAUCAUGAAGGACUUCAGCCACCCGAACGUCCUCUCUCUGUUGGGGAUCUGCCUGCCGCCGCAGGGCUCCCCGCUGGUGGUCCUGCCCUACAUGAAGCACGGAGACCUGCGCAACUUCAUCCGCGAUGAAGGACAUAACCCGACGGUGAAGGACCUGAUGGGCUUCGGGCUGCAGGUGGCCAGAGGGAUGGAGUAUCUGGCCAGCAAGAAGUUUGUCCACAGAGAUCUGGCUGCCAGGAACUGCAUGCUGGACGAGAGCUACACGGUGAAGGUCGCAGACUUCGGUUUGGCCAGAGACGUGUACGACAAAGAAUAUUACAGCGUGCACAACAAGAGUGGCGUGAAGCUGCCCGUCAAGUGGAUGGCUCUGGAGAGUCUGCAGACGCACAAGUUCACCACCAAGUCUGACGUGUGGUCGUUUGGCGUGUUGAUAUGGGAGCUGAUGACCCGUGGAGCCCCCCCUUAUUCGGACGUGAACUCCUUCGACAUCACCGUGUUCCUCCUGCAGGGGAGGAGGCUGCUGCAGCCCGAGUUCUGCCCCGACUCUCUCUACACGGUGAUGGUCGAGUGUUGGCAUCCAAAGCCGGAGCGGCGGCCAUCUUUCUCCGACCUGGUGGCAAGCAUCUCCGCCAUCUUCUCCAGCUUCAGCGGGGAGCACUACGUCCUGCUAAACACCACCUACGUCAACAUCGAGAAGAUGAGCCCGUACCCCUCCCUCCUCGCCACCUCCACCACCAACACCAACACCAAAGUUUCCUUCUCUUCGUCUUCUUCAUCCGACCCCUCCGCCUCCACCUCCCUGCCCACACGAUCCCCCCUCUUCGGCCACGUGCAGCGAGACUGCUGCACCUGAGGGAGGACAAGAGGGAGGAGGAGGUGGCAGGAACUGAGAACAAAACAAGAGCAAGGAAGAAGGUGAUGAAGAACUACUGUACUUGCCAAACACUGGACGCUGUAUACGGACUGUUCACUCAAUGUACAUAGAUCGUCUGAACUUUGAGCUUCUCGCGACACGACAGGGUCCUCCACGAACUACAGGGCUGACCGUAUCGACCUUUCUGACCUUUCAUUGACCCCGGGGAGCCCGAGGUCAGCCUUCCAGCGUCUUCUACAAGACGAUUACAAGACACAGGAACUCCUGGAAGAUUCCCGGCGGACAAAGCGACAUAAUUCAUCAAACACCCCCAAAGAUCCUCUCUGACUGCCGAACCCACACAGGGAGAGGAUAGACUUUCUGCUUCUGCUCCUCUCCGGGUGGCGCGCUGUGCUUCGAUACGCGGAUGUGGCUCUCGGACUUCUUCGCUGUCUGUAACGUGAAUGUUUGACAAAUGGCCUUGUAUUGUGUCGUAUAGAAAAUGUCACACCUUCCGCGCCUGCACCCAAGAGAGCCCGCUUUGAUAGAUGACGGCGCCUCGGGUAAGUAAGCGGAGGCUCUGUGGAUGAUUGCAGGUAGCAGGAGGGGCAGUGUAGGUGUGUGGUGCCUGCUGCCUGAGUGCAGCUCACUGGAUGCUUUAUUUGUAUAAUUACAGGACAUUUGGACAAUUAGCUUUUGGUGUGCUUGGAGAGAAAAGCAUCGUGCAGCCUCGCUUGUGACUCAGCUGUUGCACUCGCCAGAUGUUUUCAAGUGAAAAGGGUUCAGGAGCACCUUUCUUCGCCUGGUCAUGUCAAAACAACGACUCUGACAACACGCACGCAGCUGCCAGGGCUUUGAGAAGCACGUCGUGGGCUCAGCGCUUACUGUGUGUCUCUACUUUGUAUUAUUCUGUGGACAGAUAACGUGCUGUACCAGUUCAAAUGACACCGACACAAAGGACAUUUGUUUCCUUUAAUCUUUAACAUUUCACUCAUUAAAUAUCUCUUCAGA